ACACGGGUACGUCGUUGACAGCUGUCGGGAGCCGGGAGAGAGGCGGCAGAGGGGCAGAAUGUCGUUGUCUGCUUAUUGUGUAUUUUGCUGCAGAAGAAUAGGAACUUCUGGUCCAACCACAAAAAGUGAUCUGCCGUGGAAAGAUAUCAGAAAAAUUUCAAAAUUAACUGGAUCACUUAUUCUCGGAGGUUUUGUAUUUAUUACAUAUGAAGUUCUGGCCCUAAAGAAGUUACUGACACUCGAUACUCAAGCUGUACAGCAAGAGAAACUGAAGUCCUAUAUUUAUAUAAAUACAGUUUCUUUAGAUCCCAGUGAAUGUCAAGGAAUCACAUACAAGGCAAGAAAAGAACUUCAUAAAGUAGUGAGGAAAAUACUAGAAACUGAAGCUAAAAUUCUCCGGAGACCUUUUGAUGAAUAUUUCAGUACGUUUACAGAAGAUCAUGAACGUGCCUUGUGGGUCCUCUUGAAGAGAAGUCAAUCAGAAGACAGAAUCGUUCGACUGCAGGCAGUGCAGCAACUGGCAGAGAACGGUCACUGGCAUGAUUAUCAAUAUAGGACGGUUGCCCAAGCCUGUGAUCAGAGGACUGUGAUCGGUUUGGCCCGAUCCAAGGAUAUUGAUCUUCGGUUUUUUUUGCCACCACCUCCCUUACCAAAAGUAAAAGCUGAUUAUGCUAUAGAAGAUGAGCUCCGAUUGUUAUUGGUAUCUUUACCUCAGACUGAUCUUGAGCAAUGUGUCCAGUACUUCACAUCUCUGGCUUUAAGAGAAAGCAGUCAGACUCUAGCUGCACAGAGGGGGGGCUUGUGGUGUUUUGGAGGAAAUGGGCUUCCUUAUUGCGAGACUUUGAGUAAAGUCCCUUCAGAGACAGUAGAACUCUUCUGUUUACAAGCUUUAGUGCAACAUUCAAAGGUUUCUACUCAUUGUGAUAAAAUUGAAGCAAAUGGAGGUCUUCAGCUACUACAGAAGAUAUACCAGCUUCGUAACGAUUCUGCGAAAAUACAAAGGAACAUAAUUCGCAUCAUUGGAAAUAUGGCUUUGGAUGAACGUCUUCAUUCAUCCAUAGUACGUGCAGGUUGGGUUUCCAUACUAGCUGAAGCAAUGAAGUCUCCUCAUGUCAUUCAGUCUUCACAUGCAUCCAGAGCCCUGGCUAAUCUGGACAGAGAGACAGUGCAGGAAAAGUAUCCAGAUGGCGUAUAUGUUUUACAUCCACAGUACCGUAGCAGUCAGCCCAUUAAAGCAGACGUCCUUUUUAUUCAUGGUCUUUUGGGAGCAGCAUUUAAAACCUGGCGACAACAAGACAUUAAACAGCCUUUGGAUGUAAAGGCUUUCGAAGGGGAAGAGGUUUACAGUGAAUGCUGGCCAAAGACCUGGCUAGCCUCAGACUGUCCUUCGCUUAGAAUUGUAUCUGUGGAGUAUGACACCCACCUGAGUGAUUGGAAAACAAAGUGCCCUAUUGAGGACCACAGGAAAUCUAUUGCUUAUAGGAGCAAUGAGCUUCUUAACAAGCUUAGAGCUGCUGGUGUUGGAGACAGACCUCUGGUAUGGGUAUCGCAUAGCAUGGGGGGUCUUCUAGUUAAAAAGAUGUUGGUGGAUGCUUCAAAGAACCCAGAAAUGGAUAAAAUUGUAAACAACACCCGAGGAAUCAUAUUUUAUAGUGUACCUCACCAUGGCUCCCAGCUGGCUGAAUACUCAAUGAAUGCUAGAUAUCUUCUCUUUCCUUCUGUGGAGGUUAAGGAACUCAGCACAGAUUCUCCUGCCCUUAAAGAACUAAAUGAUGAUUUUCUUUCAUUUGCCAAGGAUAAGAAAUUUCCAGUCUUGAGUUUUGCAGAAACCUUACCAACGCAUAUAGGUAGCAUGAUAAAACUUCACGUGGUACCUGUGGACUCAGCCAAUUUAGGCAUAGGAGACCUAAUUCCAGUGGAGGUUAAUCAUCUGAAUAUUUGCAAGCCAAAGAAAAAAGAUACUUUUCUAUACCAACGUACUGUAAAGUUUAUUCAAGAUGCUUUAGCAAGAGAACUGAGAAGUUGA